AUGUCUGAUAUCACCAAAAGAGAAUUUGCUGAGCUCGCCCUUGAUGGAAGUAAUUACUUAACGUGGGCUCUUGAUGUCGACAUUCACCUGGCUUCAUUUGAUUUGAGUGCCACAAUUGAUCCUACAUCUCAAAUCAUCACCUUCAAUUUCACGUACAGAACAUCGCCCGCCAUUGCUGCUCAGGAGGAGCUUGACCAACGCGCCAUCUUGCCGCUCCCGACGCGUUCCAUAAUUGCCGGAGCUCCGAACAAAGAACCGAGCGCCGUUGAAGAGAGAAGACCGGAGCUGCUGUCGCCGGGCAGGUGGAAGAAAAUGCUCGGAAAAUUGUCGGACCUCGCCAUGCCCAGCGACCUGGACGUAUUUUCAUCACCAGGAGUCGACUGGAUGCCGAAAAUUUGA